UUCCAUGGAUGGAACAGCGCCCACGUCGGCGUUCAAAAGCCAUGUUUGGUUGCUUCCGUGCGAGACAUGAAAUCAACUGAAAGUAUGAAAUAGAAUGAGCAGAAAGAGAAAAUGAUCAACAUUCUCAAUCUCAACUCAAAGAACCAUCAUCAACACCCAUAACCAACAUAAAAUCAAUGCCUUCUUCAUUCUUCAAUACCAAGGACCUCACAAGGCUCCUCAAUGGCCUCUCCCUCGUCGCCAACGAAUUCAUCAAACCCGCCGCAAAGUCCGACCUCCAAACCCUAAUCAAGAACGCCGUCCUCUCCGCUACUGACCUCUCCGGAAUCACCAGCGGCAAGCUUCGCCAAUUCUCAAACCCUCAAUCUUCUCACGCUCCCAAACGCGCCUCUACCGAUUCCGUCGUUUAUUUCAGCUCUUCACAGCCCCCAGAAACGACAACAAGAAAUGAUGAAAAUGAUGUCGUUUUGACUUCUGAAGAAAACCGCCCUAGGGUUGAGGAUUCCGAGGCAGGGGCGGCGACUGCGGCGGCUUCGUCUCCGGUUGUUGCCGUUCCGGAUGGGAGUGUUUUGGCGGCGGAGGAAAGCGAGGCUCGGAGCUCUGAGGGUAAGGUGGAUGUGAAUGUGAAUGUGAAAGAGAAUGAGAAUGGGAAGGUGGGUGGUGAGGGGAGUGGCGAAAUGGCGCCAAUUGCUCCACCGGUGACGAGGCGAAGACCGAGGGAGAGGAGGGUUCCUGAAACUCCGUUUUCCAGGGCUCUUGGGUUUGCUGGGCUAGGAGCUAGUCUUGCAUGGGGGACACUUCAGGAAUCUGCCAGGAGGCUUGCCUUUGGUAUGCCUAGUUCUCAAGACAAUCAAUCUCCGCUUUCUCCAUUCUUGUCUGAGAGGAAUGCAGAGCGAUUGGCUCUUGCACUUUGUAGAAUGCGUGGAGCUGCCCUCAAAAUUGGGCAGAUGUUGAGCAUUCAGGAUGAAUCUCUUGUUCCAGCUCCGAUACUGGCUGCAUUAGAAAUUGUACGCCAAGGUGCAGAUGUGAUGCCAAAGAGCCAGCUUAAUGAAGUUUUAAAUGCUGAGUUAGGUCCUGACUGGUCAUCAAAGCUGAUUAGUUUUGAUUAUGAACCUAUAGCAGCUGCAAGUAUUGGCCAGGUGCACAAAGCUGUCAUGAAGGAUGGCAUGCAAGUUGCAAUGAAAAUUCAGUACCCUGGUGUUGCAAAUAGCAUUGAGAGUGACAUUGAGAAUGUGAAACUUCUUUUGAAUUACACAAAUCUGAUUCCUGAAGGACUUUAUCUUGACAGGGCUAUAAAGGUAGCCAAAGAAGAACUAUCACGUGAGUGUGAUUACAACUUGGAGGCAGCAAGUCAGAAGCGAUUCCGAGAUCUGCUUUCUGGCACAGAAGGGCUUUAUGUUCCAAUAGUUUUUAAUGAUCUUUCAAGCAAAAAAGUAUUAACUACAGAGCUUGUUCAUGGAAUUACAAUUGACAAAGUAGCCUUGCUGGACCAGGAAACUCGUAAUUAUAUUGGGAAAAUGUUAUUGGAGCUCACAUUGAUGGAGUUAUUUGUAUUUCGAUUUAUGCAGACUGAUCCUAAUUGGGGUAACUUUUUAUAUGAUGAAGCGAAGAAAACAAUAAAUCUCAUUGAUUUUGGAGCGGCACGGGAUUACCCCAAAAGAUUUGUUGAUGAUUAUUUACGAAUGGUUCUAGCAUGUGCAAAUACUGAUAGGGAUGGGGUCAUAGAGAUGUCCCAGAGACUCGGGUUCAUCACUGGAAUGGAAUCAGAUGUGAUGCUCGAUGCCCACGUUCAAGCUGGUUUCAUUGUGGGUUUGCCAUUUGCAAGAUCCGGUGGAUUCGACUUCAAGUCAACCAACAUUACCUCAAGCAUUUCACACCUUGGUGCGACGAUGCUGAAGCACAGGCUGACUCCGCCACCUGAUGAAGCUUACAGUCUGCACAGAAAACUUUCUGGUGCAUUUUUGGCAUGCAUUAAGAUUGGGGCCGUUGUGCCUUGUAGGGAAUUAUUGCUUGAAGUGUACAAUCAAUAUAGGUUUGGUGAUGAUGAAACAAAUGAGAUAUUAUCCACUGGCUCAGGAUCCGCAUAGGUAAUAGGUUUUUUGUAUUUUGUAUUUUGUUUUCUUUUAUCAAUUCUUCAAUUAGUUUUUUCCACCACAGCUAUAAUAAUAACUUCUGGGAUGCUAGUUAUGCGUCCAAGCAUAUUUCAUAUUGCUCCACAAAAGUGGAGUCAAUUUUGGGGACAAUUUCCCCUUACCCCCAUUUGUAAUUUUAGCUGCUUAUAGAGUUGUUUAUUAUUUGUUGUACGGAUUCUUCCAAAAAGUUAUUGAUUCUUUAAAAUUGUGUU